CAUCAACAAUAACCCCGAUAAAUCCAAUUCCAAUGAACUUCAACCCAAUCAAGAACAACCACCUAACCCAAAAAACACCUCUAUCAUUCCCCCUCAAACUAUCCAAGAGAAUUACAAUAAUGACAAAGACAAAUCCACCAUUGAAAACAAUUCUAAUUCAACCACCCCAGAACAAAAAGAACAAUCCGAAGUAUUAUUAAAAUUAAUCAUUACCGCAGAAUUAUUAAUCAAAGAUAACCAAUUCAAUCCUGAACUAUUAUCCCAACUACUUAAAGAAAAAGAACAAAAUACCGAGGCUUAUCAAUUAUUAAAAGAAAGAAUAGAACAAGUUAUUAAUGAAUUAACUAAUCUACAACAGAAGCAAAAUAAGAAUAAUGAUUCAGUAGUAAACAACAAUAAAUCCGAUAUUAGUCCAAUCAAAAUCUUUACCAUUAUAGGAAUAAUUGGA